CCGGCGGGAGGGCCAUGGGCAGGAGACGCGGCGCGGGGCUGGGCCGGUGCCUGCAGCGGCAGCGGGGCCUGGAGCGCCGCGGCGCCGCCUCCUGGCUGCACGCCAGCGAGGUGGGCGGCGAGCGCGGCCCGGAGCUGCGGUCGGCGGCCGAGCAGAGCCCGCUGGAGGAGUUCCUGGCCACAGCCGAGCUGGCCGGCACCCGCUUCGAGGCCGAGCGGCUGAACAUCCAGAUCGUGUCUGCCCAGAGCCGCACGGGGCUGCUGACGGCGCAGGAGGCCCAGCGCGUCCGGCAGCUGCACGAGCAGAACCGGCAGUUCCUGCGCAUCCCGCGGCGGCCAGGUUGGGAUAGGACAACCAGUGCAGAGGAGCUGAAGCAAGCUGAGAGGGAGAGCUUCCUCGAGUGGCGGCGGCAGCUUGCCCACCUUGAAGAGGAAAAAAAAUUAAUUCUAACCCCAUUUGAACGAAACUUGGAAUUUUGGCGUCAGCUCUGGAGAGUCAUUGAAAGAAGUGAUAUUGUAGUCCAGAUUGUAGAUGCUAGAAAUCCCCUUCUGUUUAGAUGCCAAGAUCUGGAAAGCUACGUUAAGGAAGUCAGCAGUGACAAGGAGAACAUGAUCCUGAUAAACAAAGCAGAUUUGCUGAGUGAGGAGCAGCGGGCUGCUUGGGCCCAGUUCUUUGAGAAAGAGGGCGUUAAGGUGGUGUUCUGGUCAGCCUUGGCGGAGUGCGGGAGGCUGGCUGGAGAAGCAAAGGAACUAGACACUGAAGAUUUAGCAAAGGACCUGAGUGAUUCUGAAGAUGAAAGCUCCAGCCAAGAAGAGGACACAACACCAGAUAGUGCAGAAAGCUCAUCCACAGGCAGUGCUUUGCAAACUGUAAACCAAGUUCUGGUUAGUGAUGAUGACAGUAGUGAUGAAUAUGAAGACUGUGAAGAUGAUGAAGAGGAGGCCUGGCAAACCUGUUCUGAAGAUGAAACGGGGGACCAAGUAAAUGCUGUUGCUGCAGGGAGGAUGGAAAGCAGGACUGAUGGUACUGCAGUGCAGCAUGUAGUGCAGGAGCAGAACAGGAACAUCAGGAACUUCAGCCACCUGGUACAGAGAAAUGAACUGCUGGAGAUAUUCAAAACCAUGCACAAUGGACCAAGGGUGAAGGAUGGGGAAGUAAAUGUUGGGCUGGUGGGUUACCCUAAUGUUGGCAAAAGUUCAACCAUCAACACAAUCCUUGGAAAUAAGAAGGUGUCCGUAUCUGCUACACCAGGCCGUACAAAACACUUUCAGACCCUGUAUGUGGAGCCUGGCCUGUGCCUGUGUGAUUGCCCUGGUCUGGUGAUGCCGUCUUUCAUCUCUACCAAGGCAGAAAUGAUUUGUUCUGGAAUUCUACCUAUAGACCAGAUGAGGGACCAUGUCCCGCCCAUUUCUCUAGUUUGCCAGCAUAUCCCACGAAACAUUUUGGAAACAACCUAUGGAAUAAAUAUCAUAAGGCCAAGGGAAGAUGAGGAUCCAGAUCGAAAGCCAACAGCUGAAGAGCUGCUAACAGCAUAUGGAUAUAUGAGAGGCUUUAUGACAUCACAUGGACAACCAGACCAGCCGAGAUCAGCCCGAUAUGUCUUAAAAGACUACGUCAGUGGAAAGCUGUUGUAUUGCCAUCCACCUCCUGGCAUUGACCCAAAUGAUUUUCAACACCAGCAUCAAAGGUGCCCAGAGAACAGAACCGUGCAGGCCAGGGGACCUGUGAAGCCUGAGAAGAACACCAAAGCAAAACAAAUCGAAAAUGUAGUGGACAAAACAUUUUUCCACCAGGAGAACGUUCGCGCCCUGGUGAAAGGAGUUCGGGCUGCAAUGGGAUAUCGGCCCGGCAGCGGCCUUGUGCCCGUGACUACACCCAAUCCUGGGAAUGUGGUAGGAAAGCCCUGGAAAAAACACGGGAACAGGAACAAGAAGGAGAAAAUUCGCAGGAUCACUAAGCACCUGGAGGCUUAGCUGUGGCAUCAAUAUCUGGCAUUUCUGGGGCAGGGAUUGAAUUGUCCUGCAAGCCUGAACUGAAGCGGGGGGAGAAAGAGUAAGUGAGCAUUGCUAGCUCACCUGGGAGCUCCAUGGUAUGGAUUGGUCUGGGCAGUGGGUAAGAGUGGGCUCUGAUAGUUGGAGUUCAUCCCUUCUGAGAACAAAAGAGACCUGGCCGUUCCUGGUAUUUGGAAGCCAGCCAGAUGUUUGACUGCUGCUGAAACAUCCUUUCAAUGGGAGUAGAUGGAGCCAUGUGGGAGUGUUUUUUCCCUCCAAAAAUGAUGUAUUUUAUAAAGCAAGCCCUGUGAAACUGACUAAAAUCUGUGAACAGUUGAAUUUCAAUGAGUGAUGUUUGUUAGAAUUUGAGAAACUAUUGCUCAUCUCCUUUUUCUUUUAUUUUAAAGCUUCUUUGUUAAUUUCACAGAACACUUUAAUGUGUUGAAAAGUGAGGUAAAAGGAUCUUUAUUGCCCUCUUGGUUCUGUGCUAUACCAGCUGUACUCUGUAGAAUCUGGUGCUGAAACCACUCCCUGUCUGCCAGGCUUAAGACAGAGCACAGGACACUGUGCAAGGAAAAUGCUGCUUUAUGUCCUUCACACUGAGCUGGUAUCAGUUGUUUUUCUGUGUGACUUCCCAUUCGUACUUUAAAACAUUAGCUCCGUGUGACUGGCCAAAAAUCUGGUGCUAAUUUGUCCUAUAAUAUAUUUGAGAUUUUACUACCUU